UACGUUCAUCACGUUUGUGUUUGUCCAUUUUUUGUGUUUUUUUUUCUUAAUUUCUUAAGGAUGUUAAGUUGAAAGACGAGGAGUGUGAAAGGCUUUCUAAAGUCAGGGACCAACUGGGCCAGGAACUGGAGGAGCUCACUGCUAGCCUGUUUGAGGAAGCUCACAAGAUGGUGCGUGAGGCCAACAUCAAACAGUCGACUGCUGAGAAGCAGCUGAAGGAAGCUCUGAACAAGAUUGAUGUGCUCCAGGCGGAGGUGUCGGCCCUGAAGACCUUGGUCCUGUCCACGUCCCCCACCUCCCCCUGUCACGACCUUCCUGGGGGCUCCAAGGCUCCCUUCAAGAAGGGUCACGGCCGCAACAAGAGUACGAGCAGCGCCAUGCUGGGCAGCGGGCAGGAAGUGAGCGGCACACAGCCCAUCAUACGAGACUGUAGAGAGCUGGACAGUCUCCUGUUUAGUGAGUUUAAGUUGUGGAAGGAGGAGCCCAGUCUGGAGAGGAACAGCUCUUUCCUGGAGAGAGUCUACAGAGAGGACAUCUACCCCUGUCUCACCUUCUACAAGAGUGAGCUGGGGUCGGCCAUCUUGGAGGCAGUGGAGAGGAACACGCUCAGUGUGGAGCCGGUGGGCUUCCAGACGCUGCCUGUCGUCAAGGCCUCUGCUGUGGAGUGUGGAGGACCAAAAAAGUGUGCCCUUAGUGGCCAGACCAAAACCUGCAAGCACAGAAUCAAGUUUGGUGAUUCCAGCAACUAUUACUACGUGUCUCCUUUCUGUCGUUAUCGGAUCACGUCAGUUUGUAACUUCUUUACCUACAUCCGCUACAUCCACCAAGGGCUGGUCAAGCUGCAGGACGCAGAACAGAUGUUCUGGGAAGUGAUGCAGUUGAGGAAAGAGAUGAGUUUUGCUAAGCUGGGCUACUACAAGGAGGAACUGUGACCAACCAAUCACGAUACAGAACAGAGGGAUGCGUGUCUGAAUCUCAACCUAUCAUCAGAUGCACUCCCGUGACGGACAGGAUAGCUCUCCAAUCAUCCUACCCUCCUGGCUCUCAGAAGGAAGAAGGACCGCCCCCAACGCUCCUCAUCGCCACCCCCUUCCAAUAUCUCAUCCAAUCACAUGUCAUUUCAGGAGAGUCGUCCCAUCCUCUGUCUUCAAUACCAACAAGUAUAUGACUUAAAAUGCAUGCCCCUUACAUCCUGACUGGUCUACCAAUAACACUGAGUAGUUAUUCAGGAUGUAAGGGGAUUGGUAAGUGAGUAGUUAAUCAGGAAGGGGAUUGGUAGUUCAGACUGACUGAUCUACCAAUAACACUGAGUAGUUAUUUAGGAAGGGGAUUGGUAGUUCAGACUGACUGAUCUACCAAUAACAGUGAGUAGUUAUUUAGGAUGUAAGGGGAUUGGUAAGUGAGUAGUUAAUCAGGAAGGGGAUUGGUAGUUCAGACUGACUGGUCUACCAAUAACAGUGAGUAGUUAUUUAGGAUGUAAGGGGAUUGGUAAGUGAGUAGUUAAUCAGGAAGGGGAUUGGUAGUUCAGACUGACUGGUCUACCAAUAACAGUGAGUAGUUAUUUAGGAUGUAAGGGGAUUGGUAAGUGAGUAGUUAAUCAGGAAGGGGAUUGGUAGUUCAGACUGACUGAUCUACCAAUAACAGUGAGUAGUUAUUCAGGAUGUAAGGGGAUUGGUAGUUCAGUCAGUCUGUCUGGAACAUGACCUUUGCUUGUCAUUCUGAUUGGUCUGCUAGAAUGCAUAUUGGAACAGAGAGGAAGUGCUCUAAACCCAACGGUUGCUUCCAAAAUGGCACCCUGUUCACUGUAGUGCACGACUUGUGGCCCCUAUGAGCCCUGGUCAAAAGUAGUGCACUAAAUAUGGAAUUAGGGUGCCAUUUGGGACACAAGACAAGUGUAAAUCGAGGCGCUCCGUCCAUCCAGCCAUCUGUGGUUAUUCUAUCCAUCUAUCUCCAGUCCGUAUUUAAAACCAGAGGACCGUAACUAUGGUGACGACCACGCUGCUGUAUGUAACUUGACUCCGUUAUUACAUGUAAGAAACGCUGAAUGAGCUCUUCUGUCCACACUACAAGGCUGAGUCACAAAUGGCACCCUAUUCCCUAUAUAGUUAACUACUGUAGUGGUGCAGUAUGCACAGCAGGGGUUCCCAAACGUGCUUCAUUAUUUUUUUAUUGAGAUUGCCUUUGUUAAAUACAACACCAGCUUCAUUUUGUUUCAUUUGAGGGACCUAGGAAAAUGUCUCAUGACUUGUUUUAGGGAGGCAAUUUAUUUAACCUUUUAUUUAACUUGGCAAGUCAGUUAAGAACAAAUUCUUAUUUACAAUGACGGCCUACCAAGGCCAAACCCCCCUAACCCUGACGAUGCCUGACGACGCGGGGCCAAUUGUGCUCCACCCAAUGGGACUCCCAAUCACGCCUGGUUGUGAUACAGCCUGGAAUCGAACCAGGGUCUGUAGUGAUUCCUGUAGCACUGAGAUGCAGUACCUUAAACAGCUGCGCCACU